CUUCACAAAGCGCGCCACCCGCCGACCAAAUGGCAACAAAGUGCUCCAGCUUAGCCGCCUUGAGCUGUGCGGUGAGAAGCUGAGUGGGCAGAGCCGACAGGGUUUCAGGGGUUAGCGUGGCGGCAGUGAAACGCAGCUGCAUCACCCUGCGCAGCUCGCUGACCACCUCCCGAACCACAUGCUCCGACGUCUGCUUAGCAGGCUCACGGGACCAGUACGCACACCAGACGGCGUACAAGAACUUUACUUUACUUUACUUUACUUUACUCUCUUCUCUUGCUAUUCUUGCAUCCUCUUUUCCUUCUGCACAGCUUUGAAACAGUCGACGUCAUUUCUCUCGCGCUGUUUGACUUGCUUCCUUUUGUUUUAGGCUUCUUAAGGCCUACGAACCACUGUGAAGCAGUUUGCAUUUGUGGGCGUCCUCGUUUUUCGUCAGUCCACUUUGCAGCUGUAGCGCGACACUCCCUCUCCAGCGCCCUUCAGCCUAUGCCGGCUUGUGCUUUGGAACUCGACACCGCUAUGGAAUAGGAUUCUGGCGGUCCAGGAGCGUCGCCGUGGAGUUGGCGACAUUUCGCUUGUCAGCAUUUUAACAUCUUGGCGAGCACCACACUUCACCAGCUUGGAGCAGGCGGCGUAUCAACCUUUGUGGUUGGUCAUUUGCAUCCGCGUGUGCAGCAGGGUGCUUUGGGCGUGGCGGUCGGGGGAGCCCUGCAGCACUUGGCUGUUUUUUUGGGGUGUGGCUCGUCUUCGUGCCCUUGUUGCCUGGUGUCUGGAUGCCUGGCGCCCGCCCUGCUGUGAUGCCCUGCUUGGCAGCGGACAGCACCCCUGCCGGUGGGGGCAACGCUGCCAGCCCGUUCUUCAGCCCCGGGCUGCAGCUCCACCUUGCCCUGUCCACGCAUAGCCUGGCGCACGGAGUGCAGGACCUGACGACGCAGCCUCAGGGCCCCAGCCUGCCUACCUACCCAGUCCUUCUGGUGGGUGCCACCACGGGGCUCCCAGAGGGCGAGCAGCUGUCCUCAGCCGGCGUCCGGGAAGUGACCAGUGCUGCCCUGUCAGUGCUGGACACCAUGUGCCGGCAGGGCAACCAGCCGCAGCUCUUGCAGGGCCACUCUCUGCACAGCACAGGCCACCCCUCCUGCACGCUUGCGGGGCUGGCCUUCAGCCGGCGCGCGACCAGCGCCAGCAAAGCAGCCUUCACAGCGGAGCUCAUGCGCAAGUCGCCGCUGGCGGUACCACUCCAGCGCGGUCAGGCUGUCCUCACGGUUCACGUGCCAGUGGACACCCGGCCCAUCAUUCCGGGCACCUACACUGUCACGGUCAAGAUGGUAGGGGGCCCUGUGUGGGGGGCUUUCCGUGGUCGCACCGAUUUGGUGCUGCAGGCGGGUGGCUAUCCCACCACCUCGGACCCCUCUAACCUGACAUGUGCUUAUGUGGUCUCAGAGCAGUGCGCCAAAUCGGUGGGCCCCAAGGGGGAGCCCCAGGCCCCCGCGGGCCAGGGCAUCACCAACCACAUCUUUGCCUGUGUACGGGGCCCAGUCUGGGACCCGCAGCUCUCCCACCUGCAUUGUGCCAAGUUUGAGAUGCCCGGUGAGGAGCCCAUGCAGGUGGAGGUCCGUGGCGCCCCCCAGGCGGCUGGGACGGCCACGACAGCUGUGGCAGGCAGCCCUGCUCCGGCUGCAGCCGGGGUCGCCGACCUGGGUGGCAACACCUUGGGUGUGGCGAGGCCCGCGGCUGCCAUGGCGACCGCAGCGGACAUAGUUGACCACGUGGGGGACGUUCAGAUGCAGGAGGCGGCGGGUUUGGGUGACGCAGCGGCUGCCGCGGGUGGCGCCAGCGGACCACCCGCUGUGGCCUCGCCCUCGCUGCUAGCUCUGAUGGCGGGGGGAAGCACCCGGGCUGCUGCGGCUCCCCUGAGGGCCGAGCGGCAGCAGCAGCCCUCUUCUCAGCAGCGGGUGGCAGCGGGAGGGCUUAGCGGGGGGCAGCCGUCAGCAGGCGUGGGGGGGCCGCCGGCGGCCAGGCGUCGCACUGCCGAUGCUGGGCCGGCUGGCGUGCAGCAGCAGCCCAGUGGGGCUCCCGUGCCACAGCUGCCCUUUGAUCAGCGGGCAGCCGCCAGUGAGGCAGAGUACGGGGCCGUUAGCCUGACCCGGGACACGUGUGUUGCCAUCGGCUCUGACCUCGUGACGCACCAGAACCGCUGCGCAGAUGUGCAGGGGUUUGAGUGGGCGCAGUUGGGCCACGACACGCUUGGUGGCCGCCUCCUCGCCUACCUCCGUGACCAGGGCGCCACCGUACCGGACUGGGCCGUCUGCCGCGUGCCGGCUGGCCGUACCGCCGUCCUGGCACAGCUGCACGACGAGUUCACUGGCUGGUGGCGCCUAUACUCAGCCCAGCCUGCAGACACGCCCCUGCCUUCCGACGUGACAGAGCAGCUGGAUGACACCGCGCAGCAGGUGCAGACGGCCUACAUGGACUACGUGCUCCUAGACGCCCGCACCCUGCGGUCCUCUAAGCGUGGGCCGGCGGACCCCGGCGGGGCCAGCGGGCCCAGCCGCCGGCAACGCCAGCACCGCAGCCGCAGUACCUCCAGCCUCAUGAGCCUGGGCAGCGCUCCAUUGCGCCCUGGCGGCGCCAGCUCAGGCGCCGCUAGCAUGAGCACCAGCAGCGGCGGCGCGCCCCCCAGCCAGGGUGGCGGCCGCCGCGGCAAACGCCACAUCAGCAACAGCAACCGCAACCGCCACGGCGCUGCCGUGGCCGGCGGGGGCUCAUAAUGCGGCCACCAGUGGGCGCGGCGAACCUUCGGCUGCUGACAGUGAAUGUCAACGGCCUGGGCUCGCCGUUGAAGGCGCGGGCGCUGGUCUCGCACCUGCAGCAAGUUGGGGCGGAUGUGGCGAUGGUGCAGGAGACCCACGCUACUGACACGACGGCGCUGGAGUCUUGCCUUCGUGCCAUCACCGGAUCGCUAACUCAGUUAGCGAUUUGAAUCGUCCUUACGGCAGAAGGGACCCGGGUACGAAUCCGGAUAAAAGCCCAAUUAUGCAAAAGGCGAAAGAUUGGUGCGAAACCGAUUGGUGAUCCCACGAACAAUAGGUAAUUGCCCUUAGUGGCAAUUGCGGGCUUGUGCCCGCUGCAACCUAGACAGGUCAUGGUGCAGAAGUCCGAUUUAGUGGCGAGGUCCAAGGUUCAAGACAAGGCUCAAGAUCCAAGGCUCGAGGAGGAGCGCCAUGGCUCCUCGGUUUGCACGAACUGGCAGUGCUCCACUACUAUAACGCGGCGUUUCCCUAGCACGAUAUGUUAGGUGUGCAGGCUUGGAUGUAGUGGACUUUGAAGAGCGGCCUAGGACUUGGAGGUUGUAGUUUCGGAGGUUGUGACUCUUUCGUGGUGAGGCGUCAGCGUGAGGGGGGCGGGCCCUCUCGCCCUAGUCACCUUGCCCCGUUAAUCUAUGCCAGGCCCUAUGGGCCGGCGUUGUAAUUAUUAUUAUUA